CAUUUUUGGUCAGUUUUUUGUUUUCUCAAGCAAUGGGAGAAGUGAAAAGCGGACCUCAUAGCGAAGACGGAGGAGGUCAUGGGGAAGAAUCACCUACUAGUCUACAAAUUGUCACUUUUAAAUGGCACCAUGUGCAGGACCCUUACAUAAUUGCUUUGUGGAUUCUUGUGGCAAGCUUAGCCAAAAUUGUGUUUCAUAUAUCCCACAAAGUGACCACUGUUGUUCCAGAAAGCUGUCUUCUUAUCGUACUUGGCCUGUUCCUGGGAGGAAUUGUGUGGGCUGCGGACCAUAUUGCUUCUUUUACAUUAACUCCAACAGUCUUUUUCUUCUACUUACUGCCACCUAUUGUUCUCGAUGCUGGCUACUUUAUGCCAAAUAGAUUAUUUUUUGGGAACCUUGGAACCAUUCUUCUCUAUGCAGUGGUUGGAACAGUAUGGAAUGCUGCCACAACUGGUCUUUCUCUUUAUGGCGUUUACCUUACUGGAAUAAUGGGAGAUCUGAAUAUAAGUGUGGUGGAGUUUCUUCUGUUUGGAAGCUUAAUUGCUGCAGUGGAUCCUGUGGCUGUUCUCGCUGUGUUUGAGGAGGUUCACGUCAAUGAUGUCCUAUUUAUUAUUGUUUUUGGAGAGUCUCUUUUAAAUGAUGCUGUCACAGUGGUGUUGUACAAUGUAUUUGAUGCAUUUGUUGCUAUUGGAGGUGAAAAUGUGACAGGUGUGGAAUGUGUAAAAGGAGUUGUGUCUUUCUUUGUGGUUAGUUUAGGAGGAACAUUAGUUGGAAUCAUUUUUGCCUUCAUUCUCAGCUUUGUUACUCGAUUUACUAAACAUGUUCGGAUUAUUGAACCUGGAUUUGUUUUUGUUAUUUCAUAUCUGUCUUAUCUUACAUCAGAGAUGCUUUCUUUGUCUGCAAUCCUUGCUAUUACAUUUUGUGGAAUUUUCUGUCAAAAAUAUGUAAAAGCGAAUAUUUCAGAACAAUCAGCAACUACUGCGAGAUACACAAUGAAAAUGCUGGCAAGUGGCGCGGAAACAAUUGUAUUCAUGUUUUUGGGAAUAUCAGCAGUGGAUCCAAAUAUUUGGACAUGGAACACUGCUUUCAUACUUUUAACAUUGCUCUUUAUCUCUGUUUACAGAGUAAUUGGUGUGGUUGUUCAAACAUGGAUUCUAAACCGCUACAGAAUGGUUCAAUUGGAAAUAAUUGAUCAGGUUGUGAUGUCCUAUGGAGGACUACGUGGUGCUGUUGCGUUUGCUUUAGUCGCUUUGCUGGAUGAAAACAAAGUGAAAGAAAAAAACCUGUUUGUCAGCACAACUAUAAUUGUUGUGUAUUUUACAGUCAUAUUUCAGGGAUUAACAAUUAAGCCCUUAGUGCAGUGGCUGAAAGUGAAAAGAAGUGAGCAUCGAGAAAUAAAGCUGAAUGAGAAACUUCAUGGCAGGGCAUUUGAUCACGUUUGCUCUGCUAUUGAAGAUAUUUCAGGACAAAUUGGACACAAUUAUAUGAGGGACAAGAUUGCAAAGUUUGAUGCCAAAUACCUCAGCAAACUUUUUAUGAGAAAGUCGGCUCAAAAAACACAAGAUCGAAUUCUUAAUGUUUUCCAUGAAUUGAAUAUGAAGGAUGCUAUAAACUACGUUGCAGAAGGUGAACGUAGAGGCUCCUUAGCAUUUAUUCGCUCCCCAAGCAUGGAGAAUAUGGUCAAUAUUGAUUUUAGCAGCCCCCGUCCAUCUCUCGUUGAGCCAUCUGUUUCCUAUCUCUUAAGAGAAAAUGCCAGUGCUGUUUGCCUAGAUAUGCAGGCACUAGAACAAAGGAGAAAAAGCAUUAAAGAUGUAGAAGAUAUUUUGAGUCACCAUACCCUACAGCAAUAUUUAUAUAAACCAAGACGACAGCAAAAGCACCUUUACAGUCGUCAUGAAGUUACUUUAGAUGAUGAUGAAAAACAAACAAAGGAGAUAUUUCAAAGAACGAUGAAGAAACGUUUAGAGUCAUUCAAGUCAACAAAGUUUGGUCGAAAACAAGCAAAAAAGAUUAAUAAAAAUUACAAACGAGAUCGAGGUCAAAGAAGAAACAGUAGUAUGACUAUGCUACCAAAUGGAAACUUUCCACAUGAAAACAAAGUGCAAGAAACAGAGUUCUCUGAUCAAGAAGACACUGUUGAAUAUGACAUGCAAAUGGACGGCUGCAUUACAUUUUUAGCUUCUUUGACCAACAACAAAGACUUGACUAAUACAGCGUUUGGAAUUGAUAACCCAGUAUUUUCAGCUGAUGAGGAACAAAAUAUCUGUCCAUUUGCACCCUGGUCAUCCAAUGAAGAUGCAGUAGUUCCAUCACAAAGAGCCCGUGUACAGAUUCCAUAUACUCCGAACAACUUUCGAAGGCUUACCCCAUUGCGCAUCAGCAAUAGAUCAGUAGAUUCCUUUUUGAUAGCAGAUGGUUCUGAGGAGCGACCCAGAUCUUUUCUACCAGAAUGAAAUAUGUGAUUGUGACACUAGUGGCCAACAGGCAUAUGAAUGCUCCACAAAGAAUCCCCCACCUUGGUCAUUUCACAAGACAAACAGAAUUGCUGUGCCUCCAUUAGAAGGAACAUUAAAGAUUGUGCCUUCUUGUCUUCAGUGGCCUUGUACUCCAGGUUACUCGUCACUAGAGUCCAGAGGAAUAAGCAAUCUGCCUUCUACCAAAUUGGAAUACAUGAAAAGCGACCAAAACCAGCCGUCAUCUCAGUGUGAAACAAUUUCAGAUGUAAAUGAAAUAGGUCUUAUGAAAUCUGGAUAUUGGACAGGGCAUAUUGAUCAACUGAUGGAUAGACACCUGGACAUUUAUCUAAUAAAAAAUGAUUCUGAAGACUCUAAUCCCAAAGAGGAUUAUGAACACAAACCACUGUUAAAGAAAAGUAUAUCACUGAGAUCAGCCACACCAAGGCAAACUCACUGUUCUUUCCAUUCGCUGAAUAAUUUUGCAUAUCUUCCUCAGCUGCAAAAACUACAUUCUCGCACUCCUCCACAUUUUCUAGAUCAAGAAGAAACACAACUUUAAGAUAUUAAAAUAAUAUACUAAACUUGCUCUACAGCAGGUAACACUUCAUUAAACAAAAUGAAAACCAGCCAUUUGAAUCUUUGAUGCUAUAGAAGGAAGGGAUUAAUUAGCGUUGAAAGGGCUAAUUAACAACAAUCACAAUUUAAAGGAAAACAUUACGGUACCUACUUUUAUUAUAAAUAUGUUCAUUUAUUUAAGCAAUACCAUGUAUUUUGGUUUCGCAGUGAUUGUAACUGAUGUUUUUGUUUUUCAGUCAUAAUUGCUUUGGAGAUAUUUAAAGCAAGAGACCUCAUUGAUGAUUAUAUUUUUGCAAAAAUGUGGCAAAACUAUCAUAUUAAUUAUUUUCCUUUUCUAAAAUGAUCCCCCCCUGUCAUUGUAAAUGGAAGCAGUAGUUUAUCAAGAAGGGGAAAAUAAAUUAAUACAGAGAAAAAACUCAUGCAACUCAAGAGAAUAGGAAUUGAAGAUGGCUGUUCUAUACCUGUGUACACAAUACUUAUGUAUUGUUUUUAAUCUUUAGACACCAUUACAUAGCUUUAUGUAGUAUGUAUGUGCCA